AUGUACAAUAUGAUAACAAAAGAAAAAUUAAUUAAUUGUGGCAUAUGUAAAAAACAAUUUAAUGAUCCACGUAUAUUACCUUGUUCACAUACAUAUUGUCUACGUUGUAUUAAACAGAUUGCAUCGAAUCAUUCCGAAUAUUUUGAAUGUCCUCAAUACGAUGGAGCUAUAGUACCGAAAGAUUCUAUCGAUACAUUAAAAGUAAAUCAAACAAUAAAUGAUAUAAUUGAAUUCUUAAAUUUUAGUUCUGGUUUAAUUUCAUGUACGAAUUGUAAUUCGACUACAUCUGAAACUUGGUGUAAUAAUUGUACAACUAGUUAUUGUGCACGAUGUUGUCAAGACGUUCAUAGAAUACGUGCAUUUCAAAAUCAUCAACUAAUAUCAUUAAGAGAAAAAUCAAUUGAAUUAAUGUCUUGUGAAAGUCAUCAAGAUGAAAUAUUGAAAUAUUGGUGUCUAAAAUGUGAUACAUGUGUUUGUAGUGAUUGUCUAUUAAAUGAUCAUAAAGAACAUCCAUAUAUAUUAAUUCAUAAAGCUGCUAAAGAUUUCGAAACAAAAGUAAAUAUUGAUUUAUCUAAUAUUGAAUUAUCUUUAAAUAAAAAUAUAAAUCAAACGGAUGCAUCAAUAAGUAUAAUUAAAGAUGAACAUGAAUCGAAAAAAGUUAUGAUUAAUAAUUCAAUGAAUUUUUUACAACGAAUUAUUGAUGAACAUGAAAAAGAAAUAUUAGAAAAAAUUCAAAAUAUUGAUGAAAAUAAUAAUAAACUUAUGGAAGAUUUUAAAAAUCGAUUACAAAAUGAAUUAGAAGAUUUAGAAAAACAAAAAUUAACAUUAGAAAUACUUCGAUCAAGUAAAAAUCCAAUGAAAAUAAUGCGUGCUAGACAAGAAUUUAUUGAUUAUAUAAAUCGAAGAAAUCGAAUAUUACAAGGUUUACAAUUACCAACUAAACAUACUUAUCGUAUAGAAGGUAUUGAUCAAGUACAAAAUGUAAGAGAACAUAUUUUACAAUGUGGACAAUUUAUCGAUAGUGUAAAACAUCACGAUGAAACAAUAACAUAUCAUAAUCCACAACUUGAAAAAUUAAUUGCUGAUAAUCAAAUGAAACAAGAAUGGAAUUUUGAACGGAAAAUUUUAAUUGAUGAAGAUAUGAAAAUUCUAGCUGAUGCAUUACAAAAUAAUACAGUAAGAAAAAAAAAACCAUUGUUUUCGUUUAUUGUUCACAUAUGA